AUGAACAAUAAUUCUCCUUGCUUCCCGUUAGCACGAAAUCAUCACCAACCAAGCUUUUUUCAUCCAAAUAACGCUUUGCAUCCUAUACACGCCUCGCAAAGGUUAUCCUACAGAGAAAGGCAUGCAGCCGCCAUUGUAUCCGAGGGGUCAACUAAAGUGACGGGCAAACGAAAACCUGGUGACGAAUCUGAUGAUUCAAUGAGCGAAAGCAAGAGCCCACCCUGUUCACCCAGACUUAACGGUCAUACGCAUGAAAUGGAAGCUACUGUUAAGAGGGCGAAACUUAGUAAUGAAAAGGAAUUCCCACUAAGUAAACUGUUAGGGACACUCGACAAACCGCAGUUGUUAUCGCUAAUAAACAACCUCAUCGAUGCGCACCCCAACCUACAAUCAGAAAUUGCUUCGAAUAUCCCUCGACCUACUAUUCAAUCGGUUACACGUAUUUUAGAGGGUAUGGAGAAGAAAUAUUUGGAUAGUUUCCCUUACACAAAAUGGGGUAGUUCUAAAGAUGAUUAUAGUUUCAAUCGAGUAAAACCGGCGAUAAUGGAACUACAGGGUGCCAUUAUGGACUAUGCAGACCAUUUUACAUCACCCGAAGAAUUUCCGACCGUCACAUUCGCAUUCCUUCAUCUUGCCACCACCAUCACACAUCGAUUACCGGAAUGGGAUAAUAGCUCGCACAACGAACUCAAACGCGAUAUCUAUCUCAAAUUAGCAGAUUAUUGGAAAAAAGCUAUUCACGAAGCUUCAAGUAAACUUCGUGAUGGUAAAAUAUAUGGACACACCGUCGUCAACGAAUGGGCAAAAAAUCUGGCACAGCAUAACCGAGAUUCCAAUGGCGCAUUUCAACAAGCAUCCGAAGAAUUUGUUGAAAAACUUGGUGUAAUUAUAGGACUUCAAGGAGGGGUAUCCGGUGUAUCGGCUUCGUCAUUGACUUUUUCCUUCGCCUCCGGCAUUGGUGGAAUGAAUUCUAGUAAUAAUUCGAUGAAUCACCGUAAUUUUCAGCUCAUGUCGGCGUAA